ACAGAAUGGCCCAGCGUCUUACCUACCGCCGACGCCUGUCGUACAACACCCGCGGCAACCGCCGUCGCGUUGUCAAGACGCCCGGUGGCACCCUGUCGUACCUGUACGUCAAGAAGCCCGUCUCCGCUCCCAAGUGCGGUGACUGCGGCCUCAAGCUUCAGGGCGUGCCUGCUCUGCGACCAAAGGCCUACAUGGGUCUGAGCAAGCCCCAGAAGACCGUCAACCGCGCCUAUGGUGGUUCUCGCUGCCAUCUCUGCGUCAAGCAGCGCAUUGUGCGUGCUUUCCUGGUUGAGGAGCAGAAGAUUGUCAAGAAGCUGACUCAGAAGAAGUGAGCUAUCUGAUCUUUAAGUUCGACCAUCUCUUUCCUACAGCCGUCUAAAAUGUGGUCUUGUUAUCGUCAAUUGAAGCAAAGCCACGUGCA